AUGGCCCAUCUCUGUGCGGCUGGCACAAUUGGCAUCGCCGCUACUGGUUUCGCUCUCGGUCGACCCUCGCCGCCAAAACAACGCCCGAUGACCGCCCGGAAGAGGCAGUCCCUCCUUACCAGAUCAUACCAUUCCCCCUCAGAGAGUAUAGCGGAGCCUCGCCCGGCGACGGCUGCCCACCCUGCUCUCCCUCGCCCAGACUCUUCCCAACCGGAACGCAUGGCGCAUCCGUUUCAGAGCCAAGAAUCGCAAACACUGCCCAACACCCUGCCUUUGAGGCAAGCUGACAGACCUCCCAUUCGUCCCCGCCGAAGGACGUAUGUUGGGCCCGGAAUUAAAAUCAGUGAGGGAGAUGUCGUGGAUGAACUGGAACCUCCCAAUAGUAGCCGCCCGUCCUCGUCCUGGGUACGCCGGCUCUCGAUCAUCACGUCUUCUUUAAAUGGCAGCUCGCUUUCGGGAUCGCGACCACAAUCACCAUCAGUUACCGGAUCUACUACGCCCUUUUUUCCUUCCAACUAUCCUGCCCCUUCUCCCAACAAGCUCGUGAAACGUUCGACAUCCUCUCACGGCCCAUCGUCCGCACACCGAUUACAAAAGUUUGAGCCUGCUACUCUACCUGUGCUGCGGCGACCUGCAACGAGCCACCAACGAUCUGCAAAUAUGCGCCGGCGUUCUUCUACAGAUAGCCGGGUAGGCUGCGGUACCCCGAAGUUCACGCCAACAAUCCCCUCGACAGAGGAGAACUCGCCACCCACCCCAACUCACAGUAGCUCCUGGCGACCAUAUUUCAGCAGAGCUCGCUUUUCAUAUUCAUCGGACCGUUCCACUCGGCGCCGUGCCCCCCCAUCAAGAAAUCGAAAUCAAUCUCCUCGUCGCCUUGUUGCCCACUCCAAUGUUGCGCCUACUUUGCUACUUGCCUCGUCCAUCUUGCCUCCUGGCCGAAAAACCAAUUCUUCCUCAAACUUGGAACCAAUGGCCCGCGAGAGAUACUAUUCAUGGAAUGCAUCAGAAACUGGAGAUGCUGCUUUUGCUAGUCGCUCUAAUUCCAAAACCCUGCCCUCAAGUGCCCGUCCCCCUUCGCAAGAUGUUUUUCGCGAACCGUUUGCUUCGUCGUGGGAAACUCCGAAGCCUUUACGACGUCAAUCUUCGUUCUCCCAUGACGAUGCGCAGCUUGACACUCCGUCAUCGGAUUUCUAUAGCACCUCCAAGAGCGAAAGGCUUCACGGAAACUCGAUACGUGUACGACGACGAGGAAACAUCACGGACCCUGAUAUAUUUCGUCGACCAAGUACUUCGUCGCAAGUUGAAUUUUCUGCGAGCCGUUUUGAUCGAAUUGGUGCCGCAGCCGAUGAAUAUGCCCCGAAAUCCCGCUUGCGCCAUUGUCCGAAUUUUACAGAUCUCCGAUGCGAAGCCCUUAAUCCAACCGUGGCUAAUCCAGAUAUUGCAGAUAUUCGAGCUCGUCAGUCCAUUCGCGCCGUUCCCCCAAGCUGCCCCAACUCCCCCGUUCCCGAUUCUCCUCGUUCGCUAGCAGGGUCUCCAGCAAGCCCUCGUCAUUCAGCUGCAGCAUCGGACCCUGCAUCUACACUAAUUGGGUCCGAUAAUGAUAUUAAAGUCUUCAGUUCCGGUGAGGACGAUGAUACUGACUUCCAAAGUGACAUCGGUUUUGAUUCAUUCCCUACUCGUGUAGCAGGUAGUAGCAAGGCAAAUCGUCGUGGGCCUCGUAUUGAGACCAUAUUCGACCAGUCAGUCUCUGCACCCAAUCUGGUCUCCCUUCAAGCAGAAAAUUAUCCCAUUGGCUUUGCGGCGAACAGAUCUCUGCCUUUUUUUCCACACGAUAAACGACUUCCCAACCUUGAAAGGCACACCCCAUCUCCUCGAUUGAAGUUUCCAGAGCGACCGGGUCAAGAAAUUCGCCUGGUAUCUAAUUCGCCACAGCCGCAGUAUUCAAGAGGCCUACCAAAGAUCCAAAGUAUGGAUGAGUUUCAAGAUGAAAUGGAUGCUUGUGCUUCGCUUGAUGAACAGCCGAUUCCCAACUUUGAAGCCUCAAAUGCUGAAUUAUUGUCUACCUUGAGCAGCCCUAAGGCAACUGAUCUACGGCCUCUUUCUUCAGCAACACUAGGUGAAGAUUGUGAGAAAAGCUCACGACUCUGUCUCUACGAUUGGUCCGAACAGCAAAAGGUCAAGAAGGAUGAACAGGGUUCUGAACCCCGCCCAAGGACCUCUCAUAUUGACCAGCUUCUUAAUCUGCGUGGGGGUAGAACUGUGCUUCGACGCACCUCAAGUUCUCUUCAUCUUAGAAGCCAAAGUGUGCCGAUAUCCAGAGAUCCGAAUGUACCAAAAGAAACGAGCGCUGCAAAGAAAUUUGCAACUUGGGGAUUAGGCAAUAAAGGAGCUAGUGAGGAGUGGGAUGGGGAUUUCGAUUUCGAGGACAACGAUCGACCAAGUCAAGCCAACCCUUUCGAGAAAUGCCAGAGUAAAAGCGAUAAAAACCAAACCGUCAGAGUCCCUCAGGCUAUUAUGGAACGCCAGGAGAGUGUUUAUGGCCAAUUCAGUCACGUCCAAGAGCUCACUGUGCUGGUUGAAGAGCUCAAGCUGCUCCGAGCGCGGGCGAGGGCAAUGCAUAUAAUCGACGGUCCCGCUAGUGACUUGUGGAAAGAAGCUCAAGGGAUUAUUAGUUUGGCCACUUUCGAAGAGGAGGACAACGAACGCGAGUUGAGAAUGAGACGGUCAACCUCAUCUCUCACGUUUAGCUUGGAAGAUUUUGAAAUCGAGUCGGGGACCGAUAAAAGGCUAGCUGGAUUAAAUGAUAAUUUAGCUAUAGCUGAUGAUGACAGCUUUGUCUCCGAACUUCCCCCGCCUCCGCGGAACGGCAAACAGCACUACCGUCCUCGUACGGAUUCAUCCACCAAAGCGAAGUUUGUUCUUGAUACCAUACAUCGCGAAAGAAAAUUACGUGAAAAUGUCCACCCCAGGACAAGUAUUGACGGCCAACAAAAGCUUGCAUUUGAUACACAGUCCCUUCGUGAUCUCGUCGUUCGCGCCGGCGUCGUGACGCGGGCAUUGAAAGACGUCGUCCGGAAGGCCGAGGGAGUCUGCCUGCCUCUUGAGACUGACCAUCGCAACACCCCCGAUCCCCCCUUCAGCAAGAUCUUCAACCAGCCGCGAGGCGAUUCCGUUAUGCUCGGCAUUCAUUCCUGA